ACGGGGCGGAGUCAGGCGCCUGCUAGCUGUUGCAGGAACAGCAUCAUGGACAUUAGAGGCUGGCGGUGCCCAUGGCUCCUGAACAAAAUGGGAGGUUCAAAUGAGCUUAAAUUCACUUCGAGGACUUGAAGAUACAGAUAUUCUGAAAACCUUUAUCUUUAUGAAAACCUUUUUUUCCUCGGUGGCGUCGUUUUAAGGCGGAGCAGCGAUGAGGAGCUGCUGUGCGGGCUACAGGCAGAGACAGAUGAUCAGGCUGCUACUCAGAUUUAGCUUCACGAGCUAGAUGCCUUUCCAGAGACAGUCAGAGACAGAGAGAGGAGCAGCAUUUAGUGUUCUUACCGAGACCUUUUGUUCAGGUUAAAUGCUCUUUAGGUGUUUAGACUCUUUGCUCUGCGGUGACCCUUUGGGUUUGUGAGAACAGGGUGGUAACGUUAAUCUCGCUAUUGCCACGGCAUCAGCGGCGCGCGCGCGCUGGGCCUGUUCCACACAGCGCCACUAAGACUCUCACAGCUGCGUGUAGUGUGUGUGUAUAUACAUAUAUAUACAUAUAUACACACACACAUAUAUACAUAUAUAUAUAUACACUCUGUAAUUCCAGUGCACAAUAACGCGGCUGAGGCUUUAAUAAGAAUCUUGUAUAACGUAUGGUGUGUAAUUGGUGUGUAGGGUAGAGCUUUGGACGGUGCUAUUCUGCCAGUGCUGUUCACUGUAACUCCAUGACAAAUGACCACAACCUAUUUGCGUCAAUGCAGGAAAGUCCCUAAAUUUUCCUAUUACUUGGAAUGAAAUACGGCCGCCCGCUGCCGGUGAAGGAGCACGCACGCGCCUGCUGUUAAACGCUACUCGCUAAUAAUAACAAGCUAAUCGAGCAUCUAGCUAGUUAAUGCUUAGCUCCUGCAGUCGGGAAACGGUUUUUUUUUCCUUUGGAUGACGACCGCAGAUCGUGGAUGGGAAGGAGAGUCAGGAUCCUCACGAACAAAAUGAGGCAAGUUCUCUGAUGGACACAGUCUUCUUUAUGCCCAGGCUGUACACACCGCAUUGGCAGUUGGGCGCAUGUUUGCUGCAAUGAGAUAAUAGAAGUAGUCUACAUGAGAGAACUGUGACAUUUGUCCCUCCAUAUUCCCUGUUUGAUAUCUGAACAUCAGAAUAUGACCACGCAAGCUCUAUUGCCACUCUCGGGGCGCAGGAUACCCACUCUGUCUCCAGGUGCUUCGUCGUUUCCCCACCACAGAGCGACCUUGCGUCUCUCGGAGAAGUUCAUCCUCCUCCUCAUCCUCAGUGCCUUUAUCACCCUUUGCUUUGGGGCGUUCUUCUUCCUCCCGGACAAUUCCAAGCACAAGCGCUUUGACUUGGGUUUAGAGGAUGUUUUGAUACCACACAUUGAGCCUGGGAAGGAAGGACGGCAUAGCAGUGGGCAGGUCAUACAUGGACAAGGAGUACACGAUGAACAUCGACACAGGGAAGAGGAGGAGAGCCUCCGCAGUAAAAUCCGGGCAGAUCACGAACGCGCACUGCAGGAGGCCAAGGAGAAACUUCGCAAGUCCAAAGAUGAGCUGCGGGCAGAGAUCCAGACAGAAAAGACUAAGGUGGUAAAGGACCUGAAAAAGAAGGAUGGGCCAAAGCCUCUGCCCCCAGUGCCCAUGCCCAAACUGGUGGGCAUCAAUGAUGGAGACCCUGGAGACCCUGAUGUUAAAGAGAAACGGGACAAGAUCAGAGAGAUGAUGAAGCACGCGUGGGACAGCUACAGGCAAUACGGCUGGGGACACAAUGAGCUCAAACCCAUUGCCAAGAAAGGACAUUCCACAAAUAUAUUUGGUAAUUCCCAGCUGGGGGCUUCGAUAGUAGACGCCCUGGACACACUCUACAUAAUGGGCCUCCAUGAUGAGUUUAAAGAUGGUCAGGAGUGGAUCGAAAAGAACCUGGACUUCAGUGUGAAUGCAGAAGUGUCUGUCUUUGAGGUCAAUAUCCGUUUCAUUGGGGGACUGCUUACUGCAUACUACCUCUCUGGACAAGAAGUUUUUAAGGUGAAGGCAGUUCAGCUGGCUGAGAAGCUGCUUCCUGCCUUCAACACCCCCACAGGCAUCCCCUGGGCCAUGGUCAACCUCAAGAGUGGUGUGGGCCGUAACUGGGGCUGGGCCUCGGCUGGUAGUAGCAUCUUGGCUGAGUUUGGAACACUGCACAUGGAGUUUGUGCACCUUACGUAUCUGACUGGGAAUCCUACCUAUUAUCAAAAGGUUUGCAUGUUUAAAGUGUGCAUAAUGCGUAUUACUUUGUGUAUGUCUCUACUCUUCAAACAAAACUUCAUGCUUUGCUUAUUAUACCAGGUGAUGCAUAUCCGGAAGCUGCUGGCUAAAAUGGACAGACCUAAUGGCCUCUACCCAAACUAUCUGAACCCUCGCACGGGCCGCUGGGGCCAGCAUCACACAUCAGUGGGAGGCCUCGGAGACAGUUUCUACGAGUAUCUCUUGAAGGCCUGGCUCAUGUCUGAUAGAACUGACACCGAGGCUCGCAAAACUUACGAUGAUGCUAUUGAGGCUAUUGAGCGUCACCUCAUCCGCAAGUCCAGCAGUGGCCUCACCUUCAUUGGCGAGUGGAAGAACGGCCACCUGGAGCGCAAGAUGGGUCACCUUACCUGCUUUGCUGGGGGUAUGUUCGCCCUAGGGGCUGAUGGGUCACCAGGAGACAAGGCUGGCCACUACCUGCAGCUGGGAGCUGAGAUUGCACAUACUUGUCAUGAGAGCUACGAUCGCACAGUUCUGAAGCUUGGUCCAGAGGCCUUCAAGUUUGACAGUGGGUUGGAGGCAGUUGCCGUGAGGCAGAAUGAGAAGUAUUACAUCCUGAGGCCAGAGGUGAUCGAGACUUACUGGUACAUGUGGAGAUUCACGCAUGACCCCAAAUACAGGCAGUGGGGCUGGGAGGCAGCUCAGGCUAUAGAUAAAUAUUGCAGAGUCAGCGGGGGUUUCUCUGGGGUUAAAGAUGUCUACUCCUCCAACCCCACCUAUGAUGACGUCCAGCAGAGCUUCUUCUUGGCAGAGACUCUAAAGUACCUGUAUCUGCUGUUCUCCAGUGAUGAUCUGCUGCCUUUGGAGAACUGGGUCUUCAACACGGAAGCUCAUCCACUACCGGUGCUGCAUCUGGGAAACAUCACCCUGCCUGGCAGCCUAGCAUAGCGAUAGUGGAACCUCAACAAGUGUGGGCAUUCGCCUCCUCUUUCUCUUAAAGACUGCAGGUACCUGUGUUCGGGAGUUACUGCGUUGAGGGUCUCUUCCGCUCAACCACCUGGACUCUGGGUUUUUACUGCCAAUCAGAGGGGACCAGGACACACACUCAGACUCUGUCUACUCAUCUAUUUGUCUCUUGUAUUUUUUUUUCCCCACUGUCUCUGGUAAGCUGCCAAUCAAGCACAGACAGCUUAUGUGACUCAUUCAUUGGCUGCAUGGCUCUGACAUUGGUGGAAUCUGUUAGAGCACCACAGCUCAGCAAACAAAUCGGCAGCAGUCAUGUGUUGCAGUUAACGAACAAACACAGGAAAUAUGUAUUUUCUCUGUGAAGAAAGAGGAUUUUACAUGGCUUAUUGUUUUUUUUUUUUUUUUUUAUUGCUUUCAUUGCUUAAUCACUGCAGCAGGACAAACGGCUCUUCGGCCAACGUCCCCAACCCCCCGUCCCCUCCCCUCCACUGACUCCCUCACGCUGAACUCUGACCCAGACCUGGAGCUGUGGGAGGCAGCAGCUGGAUGAUGUGACCUCUGAAAUCUCUCCCACACUCGCUUAGAGAGAAUACAGGCCAGAGGCACCCUGGGAUCUCUGUGGCUUCUCUUGUACUGAUACAGUAUGCGCGUGAGUGUGUGCAAAUUCUUGUGUUAGUCUGCUAUCAGCCUCCAGCACACUUCAGUCAAAUUCUGGUCCAGAUUUUAAGUCAAGUAUGUUCUUAGUUUGCCAUGGUUAGUGGGUGAAAUGGCUGAAGUUUUGCGUUCAUUUGCAUUUCUUAAUAGAUUAGAUGUUGCUUCCAGGACUAUCAUUGCUCAUGGCACAUAAGUUUGUUCCAAACCUUUUCCAAAAAAGGUUUCUAUUGCAGUGAGCAUGUGAAUAUACCCUGUUUCCUUUCAACCACUCAGUCAGUCUGAAAUAAAGGGUUGUGUGUUCUGGCUCUCAUCCACACUGCUCUGUACUCAAAUUGACUGAAUUAGUAUUGGACUUAUGGCCUCACAUAUUUAUAUUCAAGUGUUUAUAAAGUUCUGCUGUGCAGGAGAAAGGAAGACCGCAUCCCUUUCCCUGAUAAUGGUCCAGAUGAAUUUCACCACUAAACAUAGCAAACACGUAAGUCAAGGCUGAGAGAACGAUUCAUUUUUAAUAUCCUACAACAAAUAACUUUUGAUAAGUCCAGUCAUGUUUUCUAUAAAUCCACACAGAGAUUAUGCUAACAUGUCCAUAAUAAAGCCACUUUUUGUACUGGUUUUGCACCAUUGUUGGACUAAUGUGCAGGAGUUUUAUGGGCUUUCGAUCAAUUUAUUUUCAUUCCAGUCAAUAGAUCAAUCUUUUAACGUUUGGAUAUGCUUUUACCCCACUGCAUGCUGCUCUGUCUGCCAUUGAACUGAUGAGAGGCUGCAAUAUGUAGAGAGGCUUCAGUAAGGGGUUUUAGUCUGAAGAGACAGGAAGGGGGCCACCACUGCUGUACUUUACAUUAGACCAAGUUCCAACUUCACAUACUUCAGGAAAACUUUGCUCUUUUUUUUGCAAGGUAGUUCCUGUCAGAUAUGUCCACUGGAAAACAAUAUGCAGUGUUUAUAAUGCACAUCACAAGUGGUUUUGGCUUGUAGGAACUAUUUUUAUCUCACCUGCAAAAAUAAAUGUGUUGUGCCCCGUGCCCCCUCUUCCAUUUUUAACCAGUGCAGUUGUCAUUGCUUUACCCCUCCUCCAGGUGGCAGUAGCAACAGCGUGCUAAUGCUCUGUAUGCUUUGAGCUUUUUUCCCACUUGCCUAAUGUCUCUUCCUCCUUCCUAAUAUCGCGUUACUGUCACCUGUUUUCGUUGUGGGAGAAGCCCAGGCCAACAUGACCACUAGGUGGAUUUUGAGAGCUGUGUUAUGUAUUCUGUAUUUUUACCGAACUGAAAGUACUGUAAAUAUCUUUAAAAUGUGACAGAUUCAAUAAAGAUGUUACAUAAAGUGAAGGGAAUAACAUCAA